CGGUUGUGGGGUGGAAACGCCCUUUCCCCGAGUCGGCACCUUUGGGAAAAGCGUUUUGGGGAAGGGAAGGUCCUGAUCCCUGCGGGGCCGCUGGGCUCUGCCUGCUUUUCCCACGAGCUGGAUGUUUGCAACUCGAGCCCGGAGCUUCUCCCACCCUCGCCCUCCUUGCCAGCCCCACCCGGGGAGACACAGCCGCCCUGAACACCCGAAAAUCAGCUGCGAGCGCUGCUCAGGCAGGCGUGGAGCAGCUUCCAGCCGCGAGAGAUUAAAAGUUACUGAGUAACCCAGCUCCCCCGGGGGCUGCGGCCGGUGCCAGGCGCUCGGUGCCCGGCGGGCGUUCCGGCCACCCCCAAACCACCGGCGAUUUCCCGCAUCCCACCCCUGGCGAGCCUCAGGGGAUGUCCCGGCCGGAGCCAGGAGCACGAUAAAGAAGCCCGCGCACCGUCGGCGGGGAUGCCGGUGAAGCGAGCGCGCUGCCUCCCCGUCCGUGCCCGCCGCGGGACCAGCGGCUGACUGGAAGCUGGAAUGUUUCCCGCUCCGCGCGAUGCCCAGCCCUGCUCCUAGCCUGCCUUCCCGGGGCUGACACUCCAGUUUGAUGUCCAGCCCUGCUCCUAGCCUGCCUUCCCGGGGCUGACACUCCGGUUUGAAUGCCCAGCCCUGCUCCUAGCCUGCCUUCCCGGGGCUGACACUCCGGUUUGAUGCCCAGCCCUGCUCCUAGCCUGCCUUCCCGGGGCUGACACUCCGGUUUGCUCCUGCUCUGAGCGCCGUGCCCCCGAGCAUGCCGCAGAGAGCUCCUGUGCAGCCGACGCCCAGGGCAGUUUUCCAGUGAGUCCGGCUCCUCCAAAGCCAGAGUUGCCCCUUCCCACCCCGGCGCUGGGCAGCGCCUCCGACACGAAUCUCCAGCGCCCAGCGGGUGCUGAGGUCUGCGGGAGGGGGCUGCGGGAGGGGGCUGCCAUGGAAGAGAAUGUGUUCAGCGUGCAGCAGAUCCAGCCCAACGUCAUCUCGGUGAGGCUCUUCAAGCGCAAGGUGGGCGGCCUCGGCUUCCUGGUGAAGGAGCGCGUCAGCAAACCGCCCGUCAUCAUCUCCGACCUGAUCCGGGGCGGGGCCGCCGAGCAGAGUGGCCUCAUCCAGGCUGGGGACAUCAUUCUGGCCGUCAAUGGCAGGCCCCUGGUGGACAUGAGCUAUGAGACGGCGCUGGAGAUCCUGAGGAGCAUCGCCUCCGAGACCUACGUGGUCCUCAUCCUGCGCGGCCCCGAGGGCUUCACCACUCACCUGGAGACCACCUUUACGGGCGACGGGACGCCCAAGACCGUCCGUGUCACCAGACCCCUGUGCCCGGCGCCCAAGGCCGUUGACUUGUCCAACCCGAGCGCUCCCAGCAAAGAGCAGCCGCUGCCGGCAGCCAUGGGGUCCCUGUGGAGCAGGGAAACGGGGAAGGAGGUGGAGCCCGUGGUCCAGGUUAACGGCGUCGUUCCUGGCAGCAAAGGGCCGGACGCCGGGAAGGGCAAGGACGGGGCUGGCGGUCACUCCUGCCUCAACGGCGGCGUGGAAGACAACGAGCUGCUCAAAGAGAUCGAGCCCGUCCUGGACCUGCUGAAGAGCAGCAGUAAGGACAGCGGUGGAGAUGCGCCCUCCAAGGUAGAGACACGGGAUAUAGAAGUCCAGGUGGACUGUUUCAGGGAAGGGGAGAACAGCCCCCAGAAAACUCUGCCGGCUCGGAUGGAGAGCGAUCGUGUCCUGGGGGACCUGUGGGGGAAGAGCAACGUCCCUGUGGGCCUGAACAACCCCCACUCCGAAGCAGAGCAGCCACCGCCAUCCGGGCGCCAGUCCCCGACCAAGAGCACCCUCAACGGGAGCCCCUCCAAAUGCCCCCGCUUUGUCAAAAUCAAGAACUGGGAGACAGGCUCCGUGCUCCACGACACCCUGCACCUCAAGACUGCCAUGGCCACGGCGUGCACCGAGCAGAUCUGCAUGGGCUCCGUGAUGACCCCCAGCCCCCACAUCCGCAAGGCAGAGGACACCAGGACCAAGGAGGAGCUGCUGCUCCUGGCCAAGGACUUCAUUGACCAGUACUACUCCUCCAUCAAGAGGUCCGGCUCCAAGGCCCACAUGGAGAGGCUGGAGGAGGUGACCAAGGAGAUUGAGGCCACGGACACGUACCAGCUGCGGGACACGGAGCUGAUCUACGGCGCCAAGCACGCCUGGAGGAACGCGGCGCGCUGCGUGGGCAGGAUCCAGUGGUCCAAGCUGCAGGUGUUUGAUGCCCGGGACUGCACCACGGCCCACGGGAUGUUCAAUUACAUCUGCAACCACAUCAAGUACGCCACCAACAAGGGGAACCUCAGAUCUGCCAUCACCAUCUUCCCGCAGCGCACGGACAGCAGGCACGACUUCCGCAUCUGGAACGCGCAGCUGAUCCGCUACGCCGGCUACAAGCAGCCCGACGGCUCCGUGCUGGGGGACCCUGCCAACGUGGAGCUCACCGAGAUCUGCAUCCAGCAAGGCUGGAAGGCCCCGUACGGGCGCUUCGACAUCCUGCCCCUGCUCCUGCAAGCCAAUGGCAACGACCCCGAGCUCUUCGAGAUCCCGCCGGAGCUGGUGCUGGAAGUGCCCAUCCGGCACCCCAAGUUUGAGUGGUUCAAGGACCUGGGCCUGAAGUGGUACGGGCUGCCAGCCGUUUCCAACAUGCUCCUGGAGAUCGGGGGCCUGGAGUUCUCCGCGUGCCCCUUCAGCGGCUGGUACAUGGGCACGGAGAUCGGCGUCCGCGACUACUGCGACAACUCCCGCUACAACAUCCUGGAGGAAGUUGCCAAGAAAAUGAACCUGGAUAUGAGGAAAACAUCCUCGCUGUGGAAGGACCAGGCCCUGGUGGAGAUCAACAUCGCUGUGCUCUACAGCUUCCAGAGUGACAAGGUGACAAUCGUGGAUCACCACUCGGCCACCGAGUCCUUCAUCAAGCACAUGGAGAACGAGUACCGCUGCCGCGGGGGCUGUCCCGCCGACUGGGUCUGGAUCGUCCCGCCCAUGUCGGGCAGCAUCACCCCCGUCUUCCACCAGGAGAUGCUCAACUACCGCCUGACGCCCUCCUUCGAGUACCAGCCGGACCCCUGGAACACCCAUGUCUGGAAAGGGGUCAAUGGGACACCCACCAAGAAGAGGGCCAUUGGCUUUAAGAAGCUGGCAAAGGCUGUGAAGUUCUCAGCCAAGCUGAUGGGCCAAGCCAUGGCCAAGAGGGUCAAGGCCACCAUCCUGUACGCCACGGAAACGGGGAAGUCCCAGGUCUAUGCAAAAACUCUGUGUGAGAUCUUCAAACACGCCUUCGAUGCCAAGGUGAUGUCCAUGGACGAGUACGACAUCGUGCACCUGGAGCACGAAACCAUGGUCCUGGUGGUGACCAGCACCUUCGGCAACGGGGACCCGCCUGAGAACGGAGAGAAAUUUGGCUGUGCAUUAAUGGAGAUGAAGAAUCCCAACUCCUACCUGGAGGAGAGGAAAAUAUCUCUUCAGACACACACCCGACCUUGUGUGCUGCCAGGGAAGGACAGGAGCUACAAGGUGCGGUUCAACAGUGUCUCCUCCUACUCGGACGCACGGAAAUCCUCCAGUGAUGGCCCCGACUCCAGGGACAACUUCGAGAGCACCGGGCCCCUGGCCAAUGUCAGGUUCUCCGUGUUCGGGCUGGGCUCCCGGGCUUACCCCCACUUCUGCGCCUUCGCCCGCGCCGUGGACACGCUGCUGGAGGAGCUGGGGGGAGAGAGGAUCCUGCGCAUGGGAGAGGGGGACGAGCUCUGCGGCCAGGAGGAAUCCUUCAGGACCUGGGCCAAGAAGGUCUUCAAGGCAGCCUGUGACGUGUUCUGCGUGGGGGACGACGUCAACAUCGAGAAGGCCAACAACUCCCUCAUCAGCAACGACCGCAGCUGGAAGAGGAGCAAGUUCCGCCUCACCUACGUGGCCGAGGCGCCGGAGCUCACACAAGGACUGUACAGCAUCCACAAAAAACGUGUCUAUGCAGCCCGGCUCCUCACACGCCAGAACCUGCAGAGCCCCAAGUCCAGCCGCCUGACGAUUUUCCUGCGCCUGCACACCAACGGGCACCAGGAGCUCCAGUACCUGCCCGGGGACCACCUGGGGGUGUUCCCCGGGAACCACGAGGACCUGGUCAAUGCCCUCAUAGACAGGCUUGAGGAUGCGCCUCCCACCAACCAGCUGGUGAAGGUGGAGCUGCUGGAGGAGAGGAGCACGGCUCUAGGUGUCAUCAGUAACUGGACAGACGAGAACCGUGUCCCACCCUGCACCAUCUUCCAGGCCUUCAAGUACUACCUGGACAUCACCACCCCUCCCACGCCGCUGCUGCUGCAGCAGUUCGCUCUGCUGGCCACCAGUGACAAGGAGAAGAAACGUCUGCAGGUCCUGAGCAAGGGCUUGCAGGAGUACGAGGAGUGGAAGUGGUCCAAGAACCCCACGAUCGUGGAGGUGCUGGAGGAGUUCCCCUCGGUGCAGAUGCCCUCCACGCUGCUGCUGACGCAGCUGCCCCUCCUGCAGCCCCGCUACUACUCCAUCAGCUCGUCCCCGGAGAUGUACCCGGGGGAGGUGCACCUCACCGUGGCCGUGGUGUCCUACCGAACCCGAGACGGAGAGGGACCAAUCCACCACGGAGUCUGCUCCUCGUGGCUCAGUCGGAUCCAGACGGAUGAAGUGGUGCCCUGCUUUGUACGAGGUGCCCCCGGGUUCCACCUGCCCCAGGACCCCCAGGUGCCCUGCAUCCUCAUCGGCCCCGGCACCGGCAUCGCCCCUUUCCGGAGCUUCUGGCAGCAGCGGCUCUUUGACAUCCAGCACAAAGGGCUGAAGCCGUGUCCCAUGGUGCUGGUGUUCGGCUGCCGGCAGUCCAGGAUCGACCACAUCUACAAGGAGGAGACGCUCUUUGCCAAAACCCAAGGUGUCUUCAGAGAGCUCUACACGGCCUAUUCCCGGGAGCCCGACAAACCAAAGAAAUACGUGCAGGACGUGUUACAGGAGCAGCUGGCCCAGACCGUGUUCAAAGCACUGAAGGAGCAGGGAGGCCACAUCUACGUGUGCGGGGAUGUCACCAUGGCCGGGGACGUGCUGAAGGCCGUGCAGCGCAUCGUGCGGCAGCAGGGCCAGCUGUCGGCCGAGGAGGCAGGAGCCUUCCUCAGCAAGCUGCGGGAUGACAGCCGGUACCACGAGGAUAUUUUUGGAGUCACCCUGCGCACGUACGAGGUGACAAACCGCCUUAGAUCCGAGUCCAUCGCGUUCAUCGAGGAGAGCAAAAAAGACACGGAUGAGGUUUUCUGCUCCUAACUGGACCCUUCGCCCCCAGGGGAUGCCAAACCAGUCCCAGCUCCUGCUGCCCCCUCCAGCUGGAGGGCACUGGGUUUUGUAUUUCACGGACACGCGGCUCCUUUUCCACGGGGAACUGCCCAUGGAAAGCGCUCUGUCUCUCGUCCUGUUGUUGUGUCCUGAUGAUGAUGACUUUUAUUUCCUUUUCUUCCUCCUUCUCUUGCUCUUGUCCUGUGGCCAUUUCUUUUCACCUCCCUCCCCUUCCCUGGAUUUCCCCACUGGAGUUCGAUAGCUUUAUAACCUGCAGUGGCUCUUUUCAGAAUUCCACAUUUCCCCUCCUUCCCAUGAGGGCAUUUUGCAGCUGCAUGAAAUCACCACCUUUGUGAUCAUUUUUGGGUGUUUCUGGGGGUGAGCAGAGGUGGCAGGGGCUGGGCAAUGGUGAGGUCUUGUUGCUUGUCCAGAGCUGGGGGUUGUUCCUGCCAGGCUCCCUCUUUCCCCAGCUAGGGGCUUGGCUGAAUCCUUGUGUCUUCGUGGCUUUCCUUUGGAUUUGGACAAAGUUGGGCAUAUGGCCAAGGCUGGGGGCAGAUGAUGUGCAAUUCCCUCGUGCCCAUGAAUUUUAUUGAUCCCCAAGCAGCCUGGGUACAGCCGUGGGGAUUUUGAUUUGAUUUCUGUGUCACAAUUCCUCUAAAUGGACCCUGUGCUUAUCUCUCUUUUCCUGCUCCCUGUGAGCCUCUCCUUUUGCUCAAUCCCAACUUUUGCUGGCAUGGAAGUUCUCCCACAAGCUCUGAACACACAGGCUGAUGUGCAGGCCAAGGAAAAGCUCCUGGCAGUGAUGUCCCCAGAGGGUUUUACAGGGAAUAUUUGAUCUGCAGCCACGAUGCUGGUGGGACACGCUGGGGCCUGGCUGCACCCAGAGCUUUGCAUGCUCUGAUCCCUCUCCCAGGUGAGCCUGGAAAGCCACGAGGAUGGGACAGAAGCAGCUCCCAGCUGCCAGAGGCACCACCUGGAACAAAGGCAGCACCUGGAGGGGGAUGGAGGCUCCAGGUCUGUGGUGAGGAUGUGCCAACAGAGGAAUCGUGAAAUCCCAGAGCCAUCAGCUCCUAGCACAUCUCAGGAGCACUUCUGGGACAUCAGACAUUUCCACAUUUCAGGGAGCAGAAAGUGCCAUCAUGGAGCACCUGCCUGCCAAGAGAGACACGUGUGGCGUUUUGGGUCAGCCAGGCCCCUCUGUGCCACCUGCCAGUGGCAUGAGCUGUCUCAGCCAGGACACCUCAUGUGAGAAGGGAGGUGAGAUCAGCUGCAAAGGUGCUGGGCUCUGACACGCUCACACCUCAGCCCUGCUGCAAGAACCUGGCCCCAAAAGCAAUUUGUUAACACAGCCACAGAAAGGUUGGAGAAAACAGAAAGCCUCUAACAGAGAAAAGCUGUCUGCAAGGGAGGGCAAACGUGACCUUGUGUGUCCUUCCUCCUGCUUCACCUUGAAGAAUCACAGAAUAUUCUGAAUUGGAAGGGACCCACAGGAUCAAGGCCAGCUCCUGAAUGAAUGGCCCAUCCAGGGAUUGAACCUCGGCAUUUUUAGCACCAGCCUCUGCCCAACUGAGCCAGUCCCAGGUUUGUCCUCACUCACUGCCAUCACAGGGACAGCAGGACGUGGCUGCAGCUCCUGCUGGAGGCAGGAAUACAGGGUUGGCAUCUUGAGGUGGCAGCUGCUGAUCCUCCCCUCCUGCCCUGCCCAGCUGUGCAGGGAUCCUGGAUGGAGCCGAGCACCAGAAUUGCUGAUGGCAUCGGGAUUGUCCAGGGGCUUUCACAGGGCUAAGAUCACCUGCCCCGAGCUGAAGACAGCACAGAAAGAGCUGCAGGAGGUUUGCUGCUCUCCCAGCCUAUGGAACAAGCCCCACUGGCUCCCCUGUGCUGUUUAUUCCCACCCUCAGCCAGCAUCCCCUGCCCUCUCCUGCCACGCCUCCAUGGGCUGUGACACUUUCUUCAACUUCGACUCCCUGAAUCCCUGAAGCAACUGCAGCCCAAAAUCCAGGAGCAAAGGGGCUCCAGGCACCGGGAGAAUUUGAGAUGCAGGUCUGCUGGUGCCAGCUGAGCAUCUAGCACGGGAUAAAACGAAUAAAUGCUGCCACAGUGUGGCCAGAGCUGAGCUGGCCGGGCUGGCAGGGCUGGCACACACGGCCAGCAGUGUGGCACGGCCUCGGGACUUGGCGAUGUGAGGGGAGAGCUGCAGAGCACCGAGGGAAGGGCAGCCCACCCCUGUGGGCUGUGCCCCCAUCCCAGGGCAGGCAGUGUCCCUUGGCUGCGAUGUGUGAGUUUGGGAGAGCUCCUGUCUGGGAGGAAACUCCCUGGCUCCAGAGCUGGGAACACGCAGCAAGCUUGGCCUGAGCCCCACCCUGUGGCUGCAGAAACAAAGCUAAAAUCAGAAAGAAAAUCAGACUCAUGCUCUUCUCCUGGGAAAUUCUGGCUCCAGCUUUGUGCUCUGGUCCUCCUUUAGAAGAAGGGGCAAUUCAACCUGAGGAAGAGGAGGAGGAAGUAAUGCCCAAAGAAACAUCUCUUUGUCCUCUUCCCAGCUCACGCCGUGGUGCUGGCAAGUUUUUCCCUCCUGUCCUGCCUCCUGCCUGCUCUGCUGUACCAUCAGCCCGUGCCUGAGCUGGAUCACCCUGCUUUUUGUGCAUCCCACAGCUCGGCACCUCCGUGUCCCUCCCAGCCGAGGGGCACAGGGUAGCACAGCCCUGGGUCUGCAGGGGGCUCUGGGCCGGGCAGGCAGGCAGAGCUCAGCAGACCCCGCCUGGCUGAGCCCUGCCCAGCCCUGGGCAAGGGAAAUGCUGGUUCAAGGCUCCUUGCCUGGACCUGAAGCAGAAAUCCCCUCCCCUCCGUGAAGGUCCAUGAAGUUAAAGACCCCCAGGGCUCCGAGCUGCCUCUGCUCCUCAGCCUGGCUGGGACUGCUGGCUCCUCACAGGCUGCACCGCUGGGAAUUCUGAUUCACUGUUUGCUGCUGAGUCAGUCUCAGACGUCUGAACUGCUCCCCUUCAUCCCCUCCACCUGCAGGGGCUUUGCACUCCCCUCGAGCUUCAUUUUCUCCCAUAGCAACAGGGGAAAAAACUUGUGGAUGUGCUUUAUUAUUCCCGAGACGCGGCUCUUCCAGCCUGGCCUCUGCUCACCUCGCUGUGGCAACUGUGACAUGCGGGUGCAGCCACAAAAUCUCUGCUGCAAACACAGGUGAGGUGGGGCCUGCCCCAGCCCGGUGCCCUGAGCUGCUCCAGGGGUCACACACAGAGGGGUUGUGCCUCUGGGGCACUGGGGUCACAGAUCUGUCCCCUCUGGGCGCCUGCUGCCACCCCCUCCUGUGCUGGACCUGAGGGACACCCAGCCUGGCCACUGCUCUCCUGAGGAUCUCCACCACCACCAACUUCCACCCCGAUUUUGAGCAGCUCUGCUCCUUUUCACUCUCCAGGUGUUAAAGAGACUCUUCUCUGAACAGGAGGUUUGAUUUUUGAGACAUUACAAAAUGGGGAUUUAUUUUGCAAAGAUCUCACUUCCUAGAUCUUUCAAGCAUCCAAAGAGAGUCACUGUAUGGAUUUGAAAUCCCAGGGGGAAAGGUUCUGUGUUUUCCCAACCUGCUGUGUCCACCAGCAGGAAAAAACCAUUCAGUGCACGGGCAUCCAGUGCUGUGUUGUUGGUGAUUUCCAAGGUUUCAUCUCCUGGGAAGGACUGCCUGGGAGUUUGUUGUUCUUCUGUUUGUGAGAGACAAUGGCAAAACAAUGAGACAAUGGCAAAACAAUGAGACAAUGGCAAAACAACGAGACAAUGGCAAAACAAUGAGACAUCUGCCACCAGCAGUGGCCUCACAGAGCUGUCACACCAUGGCCUGAGCUCGUUUCUGGAGAGGAGCUGAGCCAGUCCCACCAAAACUGGCCAGAGGAUGGGACCUGAGUGCGGGCUGUCCUCGCUCCCUGUCCCCUCUGUGCGUGUCCCAGGGGGAGCAGGGACUCUGCUCACGGGGAUGUGACGUGUCUGUGCACGGCCAGCAGCCCUGCAGGCGUGUCCUGGGCCAGGACGCAGGGCCCUGCAGGAGAGCACGUGGGGACAGACAGGACAGUGGCCCCGUGUCCAGCCCCUGGCUGCUCCUUUCCCAUCACCGUGCGAUUCCUCUCACCCAUCCCGGCUGCUCCCCUGGGACAUCUCUCCCUUGCCAGCCCUGCGUGCCCACCUGGAAGUGCAGGUGCUGGGGUGGGCACGGGCUCACAGUGCCUUGUGCUGGGAAGGGAGCACGGCACCGCUCCUGCCUCCCUUUUCCAGGGCUGGGGAAAUUCCCCCUGGGAUAACCGGGAGCAAGCUCAGCCCCGCUCAGCCCCAUCUCCCCGGGGUGGGGUUCACAGGGGUGGGCAGAGGUCACAGUGUGGGUGCAGACUGGGGCCCUGAGCUCUCCCACGCCCUGGAGACCCUGUUCUGAUUAAACUGAGGGGGGAGAGGCCGUGCUUGUGCUUGAAGCCUCACAGACCUGCAGCAAGCCCUUGCCAAAGCUGCUGCUCCUGACUUCUGACCACUGAAGCCAUUCCAUUGCCCUCUGAGGGUUCCCACCUUUUUUUUUCUUUUUUUUUUUUUUUUUUUUGAAGGAUAAUUUUAUGCUCAAAACGAAAUUCUGUUCCUGCUUUCACUGGGGACUAGUUCUCAGCUUCAGAAUUGCUCUGAUAACUCUGCAAUUGCAUUGAUAGUUCCAGAGGGGAGCACAGUCCCUUCACAGAACAGAUGGAGACACAUUUUCAGGACCAUUCAACUUCGCUGUAACUCCGUGUUUGUUAGAACAAUCCCUUCUGCUGUAACAGGGAGAGCAAAAUUUGGCCAGUGCUCUUGAAAACCUGUAAUCCUGAACUUGGAUAAAAUGAGCCUGGAAUCCCAGUCCUCCCAGAUCCAAAAAUGCCUUCCACACCUGCUGGCUUCAGUGGCACUGGGGAUUUUGGCAGCUUGCACAGCAGCAGCAGCAGCAGCAAAUUCAGAAUAUUUUUGCGUGUGUCUGUCGCGCUUGCACGUGCCUGCAAUGCAUGGCUCCAGCAAUCCCUGGGAAAUCUCCCCUCUCCCAGGAGGAUCCCAGCUCCAGCUUCUUCCACGUGGCCGUGUGUGUUCAGCAGGGAGUCAGGGCAGAGGGAGAAGCUGCUGCUUUAAAGCACUUGGUUCCAGAGGUGAAACAGAACUUAGGAGAGGUCAAAAUCAGCUUGGUUUAGCACAGGGAAAAUCGUGGGCUAUCCAAGCACUGCCAUGCAGCUCCACCUUUCUUUUCCUGCUGGGAAAAUGGAGCAGACUGGCAAUUGCUGGCCUCCACCCCUACAGAUGUUUGGCUGGGAUGGAAAUCAGAGCCCUGGAAUCACAGGAGAAAAAGCCCAGCAGGUUGUGAGCUCAGAGCUGAGCAGCGACAGCACCUCAUUGCCAGGGCUGCUCCUCUCCUGCCUUACCCAUUCAUGUCCCACCUGGCCAGAUUCUGGGGAGGGAGGAGGGAGGCUGCGCCUCAAAGUGAGCAAAUCAAACCCGUGAGCCUGGCCCCCAGAAUUCCUGCUUUACCAGGAGCCUAAGGUUUUGCAGCCAUUCUUGGGCAGGACUCUUGUACCCAAAGCUUUCUGAGCUGUUCUGGAGCUCUGGAAAAGCAGGAACGCAGCACUGGGAUGCAGGGCAGCUCCUGCACAUCUCUCUGCAGGGCUGCUGCAGAAAUCUGUGAGUGAAAAACAGCAGGCAAAGCAUUUUCCUUCCAGGGGCAUCCUUAAUACCUGGAAAAUUGAAAGGCUAAAUACUGGAAACGUUGAUCUAAGAGAGGAACUAAUUCAGGGCUUCCUUUUAUUGCUUUGUUUUCAUGUGUUGGUUUUGGGGUGGAGAGAGCAAACAGAGAGCAAACAGACAGUGUGUCAAAUUUGGAUUAAAUCAAACUUUUUGUUCCUACAAUAACUACUAGCAGAGGUUUUUAAAAUUUAUCAAGGGCAACAAAACAGCCUUAAUUAACUGAGACAUUAAUACUCCUUGCUUCUGAGCCUGCUUUUCUGUUCUCCUCUCCGUGUGAUCAUAGCAUGGAAUCCUGUCUUGACAAAAGCCACUUCCCAGUAGCCCAGAGGAUGUUCAGGAGCAGGAGAUGGGCUUGGAGAAUCUCCCUGCGAGCGAGAUUCAGUGCAAAAUCCCUGCUUUGCUAAAAUCCUGCAAUAUAGGCAAAUCCCUACAAUUCCCAAGGUUGAAUUCCCAUGCUCUGCUGCCUCGAAUUGCCUUUAAAACCCCCGGGCUCUGUGUGCUUUGUGAGCAGUCUGCAGCUUUUCCAGAGUGCACACACAAUCCCCCAGGCAGAGGAUGAGCAGAGAGGGAUGACUUUCAGCCGGGACUCAUCCCUUGUCAGAUUGCACAGAGUUAAAAACACAGCUUCUGCCACCUGCCCGGGGAAUUUGAUAUUCAGUGCCAAUUAAUUUUUGUAAUAGGAGCAGGGAUUUAUCCCCUUGGCUCCCCCGGGCACCUUUAGUCUCAGACUCAAAGGUUGGGUUGGAGUCUUUAAUUUUCCGGUGGCCUUUUCCUGAUGAGCAGCGGUGCCACGAUGGGGACGGGGACUGGGCUGGGAAUGGUGGCAGCUUUGGGGCAGGGAACUCCCAAACCUUCCAUUGUAAAGCCUUCAGCUGUGGGUAAAUCCUGCUGGGCUGGGUGGGGCUCCAAGCCCUGGCUGCUCCCUGCUCCUCGCUGCCCUCACGUCGCUGUGCCUUCAUUCGCUCGAGGAAACGCUGCCAAGAUUUGAGCCUGGCACUCUCACUUUGCAUCCCGUCCUACAGGCGUGUGUGGAGCAGGGGAGCUCCUUUCGUGGCUGCUUUUUGUGUGAUCCCAGGGUAGGUUUGUGCUGAGGGUGCAGGGGUGGGGUGAGCCCGAGCUGUGUGUGAUCCUACCAGUGCUUUAAGCAGCCAGAAACGUGGUUCUUCCCCUACCUCUGAGCUCUCAAUGCUGCUAAAAUCUCUGCCAUUCGCCCCCCGUGCUCCAGCCCCUCUCUCAGACUGACUCUGGCUCUGUUUGCAAGAUAUCCACGUUGUUCUGAAGCAUGCACCUCUCUCUGUAUAGUCCCAAUCUUCUGAUUUUAUGGAAUACUUAUGCCUGUUUGCAUUACGGUCAAAAUAAAAAAGUGAACUAAAA